UUUAAGGAACUAGAACGAGAAGUGCGUGAGUGGGUCGGGACUUGAUACAAAAUCUGAGAUUUGACUUGAUCCGCGCUCUAGUUUUGAGAAUGGAAAUCUAUGGCUUGCCGACAAGGGAUGCAAUUCACCAUGUUUUUGUAAACAGGCGGUGAAUUUUAUGAGGAUAAUCCAGGAGGUAUACAGGAUCUGCACACCCCACCGCUGGCCCCGUCGGCACGACCUUGUCGCCUUUCCUCCUGAUGCUGAGAGGUUUGUGUGGUCACACAACUGCCUCAACUACAGCUGUAUUGCUGUGAAGAUUGUCUCUGCCCCGGCUUCCUGAUUAAGUGAAACUGUGUCAACAACAUAUAUAUUCUCAGAAACUGCAGUCAGACACAGAAGUCAAGAUGUCCAUCACCAACACACCUACCAGCAAUGAUGCCUGUCUGAGCAUUGUGCACAGCCUGAUGUGUCACAGACAGGGUGGUGAGAGCGAGACGUUUGCCAAGCGGGCCAUCGAGAGCCUGGUGAAAAAGCUAAAGGAGAAAAAAGACGAGCUUGACUCCCUCAUCACAGCUAUCACCACCAAUGGGGCCCAUCCCAGCAAGUGUGUUACCAUUCAAAGGACACUGGAUGGACGCCUGCAGGUGGCUGGACGUAAAGGGUUUCCUCAUGUAAUCUACGCCCGGCUGUGGCGGUGGCCUGACCUGCAUAAGAAUGAACUGAAGCACGUCAAAUACUGCCAGUUUGCCUUUGACCUCAAGUGUGACAAUGUGUGUGUCAACCCCUAUCACUAUGAGAGAGUGGUGUCGCCUGGCAUAGACUUAUCAGGACUGACACUGACCAGUUCUGGGCCUAGCUCUGCACAGAUGGUUAAGGAUGAGUACGAUUUUGAUGGACCUCAGAGUAUGCCCUCAAUUGAGGGAGGGCACUCCAUCCAGACCAUCCAACACCCCCCAUCUGCCGGCCGCCCAACACCCUCUGAACCGUUUGCGACCCCAAACCUGCUCCCAUCUGCUGAGGCCUCCACCUCUGCCUCAACAUCAUCCUUCCCUGCCAUUGCUGCUGGAUCAGGCAGUGCCAGCUCAACAUGGUCUAGGAACAGCAGCUUCACCCCCAACAUACCCCACCACACCAAUGGCCAUCUACAGCACCACCCUCCUAUGCCACAUCCGACACACUACUGGCCAGUCCAUAAUGAGCUCGCCUUUCAGCCUCCUAUAUCUAAUCAUCCAGCUCCUGACUACUGGUGCUCCAUUGCUUAUUUUGAGAUGGACGUUCAAGUCGGGGAGACGUUUAAGGUGCCCUCUUCUUGCCCCAUCGUGACAGUGGACGGCUAUGUGGACCCCUCAGGAGGAGACCGGUUCUGUUUGGGUCAGCUCAGCAAUGUACAUCGCACUGAGGCUAUUGAGAGAGCAAGGCUUCACAUUGGCAAAGGGGUUCAGCUGGAGUGUAAAGGGGAAGGAGAUGUGUGGGUGCGUUGCCUAAGUGACCACGCAGUGUUUGUUCAGAGUUAUUACCUGGACAGAGAGGCGGGCCGAGCCCCUGGAGACGCUGUUCACAAAAUCUACCCCAGCGCUUACAUCAAGGUGUUUGACCUCCGUCAGUGCCACAGACAGAUGCAACAGCAGGCUGCUACGGCUCAAGCAGCAGCGGCAGCCCAAGCUGCCGCUGUGGCCGGAAAUAUACCUGGACCUGGAUCAGUUGGAGGAAUAGCUCCAGCUAUUAGUCUGUCAGCAGCAGCCGGUAUCGGGGUAGACGACCUCCGGAGGCUGUGUAUUCUCAGGAUGAGUUUUGUUAAGGGCUGGGGGCCCGACUACCCCCGCCAGAGCAUCAAGGAGACCCCCUGCUGGAUCGAGAUCCACCUGCACAGAGCUCUACAGUUACUGGACGAGGUUCUGCACACUAUGCCUAUAGCAGACCCACAACCUCUGGACUGAGAUCUUUACAAUUGCAGCAUCACACUGCAACAUACAGUGGCAGUGGAAAGUCUUCCUCAGUGAACUGUUUGGGUGGAGAAGCCGGUGAAACAGCUGCAGCACUGAAGCUGUCCCACAUGAAAAAAAUACUUUGUGCACUGUGGCCCCUUCUUUUGCUUUUUUUUUUUAAGCAAGAGUGACACUAAAAUGAGCCAAAGCCAUGUAUUGAAGAUAUCUUUAUCUCUAUUUUUGAUAGAUGGCUUUGAUUUGUGAUGACUGGAAUGAUGAACUGUAGGACUAGAAAAAGACGUCCCAGAUAACUACAGUUACAAAGCACCACAACAUGCAUAUAGAUCACCUGCAGAUCCCAUUUAAACUGGAAUGUACAGCGACUACUUAAGAGUCCACAACCACCAACUACUGGCAGACAUUAGAUUGACUGAACAAUGAAAGCUGUGGGAUGAGAUGACUCACAUAUCCAGUGUCUGGGCACCCGAGUACUGCUGGUUUUUCUAUUGUGUCAUUUUCCAUUCGAGCAGUUACAGACUGCUUCUCACCUGGGCUAACCAGCAAGAUCAGUCAACUGUCAGGCCGAAUAGAAAAGCAGCAGCACUCACGGGAUCACCGCUCAACGUCAUGCUGGUUGCUGCCUCUCAGAUGCUGGACACAGUCGAGGACCACCCAGCUUGGAUCAGGGCAUGCUAGACCUUCACAGCCAUCCACGAAUAUCACAGAGAAGAAAUGACAAGCGCCGUGCCUAAAGCCGACACAACCUCUGAACUGAAACAAGGUCAAGUCUGUGGACUCUUCCAGGUCAGGUAUCGUCGAACUACGGGUUUAGGCCUUAGUAUCUGGUAGUGGGCCUGGUGGGUGUCCAAUGACAAAUCGUUGUCUCUCUCCCCCCCUCCCUUCCCCCCCUCUCUGAAUUAAACAAGAUUUUGGAGCAAAUGAAGAGCCCCCAGUUGAGGUUUUGGACCAGAGAAUAUCCUUGUGUGGCAUCAUGACAUGCAAAGUUGAAUAGCCCAUUGAUGAUACAAUGUAUUGCUUUUUACUGACUUACUGUGAUUAUGUCGUGUGUUCACUCACUCAAAAAUAGUGAUGACAAGAUGCUCAUUGAAGUGUGAUCUUUCAUCAUUGUUCACUUUCCACCAUGGUCGCCUCCCACCUGUUUCAGGUACAGUUACGGUUUUGGAAAACGCCCUCUUUUAUGCUGCCACAAAGGCUGAAUCUCCUACACCUGCGAACUCCUCGCCUUUUCUCAUUUUCACGCUGAGAGCAAAAAAAGUAAAAUGGCUGGCGUGCUUUUGGUUCAGUAAGACUGAAGUAAGCUGGAGAGAGGAGGCAGACAGUUGGUCUUUGAUGUCUAAUUUAAUCACAGUACACGGACCAGUUUAUCAAUGUUUUGGCAAACCAAAGUACUAAUUACUCAGAAGCAUACUGUAACUUUAAUUUGGAAGUGUCUUUAAUUAAAUUUCAAAGGUGAUUAUGUUUAUUUGUAUUCAUUUGAAUGAAUAUUGAUAUUUAUCCCCAAGCAUACCCGACAGACUCUCCAACCUAGUUGAGAAUCAUUGUACUUACUUCUGACUUGCAGCCCACUAAUAUACUACUUGAUCCAGGUCUGUUGUGUAUAGUUUACUGACAAAGAUAUGAGAAUUUAGGACAGUUCCCCAGCAAUAUAGAUAUAUUUUCUUGUUUUUAUAUUUGUUACUUUUAUUAAUGGAUUUGUUUUAUAUUUUUAGCACUUUACUUUUUUUCUUGUUUUUAAUUCAGUAACCUUAAUUUUGAGGUGGUUGUGAAAGGGAGUGACUAGGUUGGUUGAUAUUCAUUUUUUUUUUUUUUUUUUAUGUAGGGUUGUGAGCAGAGGCAACUUUGUGAUGCAUUUGUGUUAAAAACACUAAGACAUCUUUUUAAAAUAAUUUUUUGCCCUUUCAAUCUAUAAAGGCAUAUACACAUAGGUUGUUUUUUGCUGUUCUGAGAUGCAGUCUUUUUUGAUUUGCAGUUUUUCUUUCCUUUUUAAUCCAUGUAAAUAACUUUUGUUUUUGAAAUGCAUGUCAAUGUUUGCAUGAAUCUUAAUGGCAAAUAGACUCCUUUAUCCCUACCCUCUUUUUAAAAUACUAAGUACUUCACUUAAAUAUUACACAGGGAUACUGGUAUCUGAGGGGAGUAGAAACCAGCACCUGCUGUAUACUGGUGUGGUGUGUUGCUGGUUUAUGAGAACAGCAUUAGGUAAACCGAGGGAAGCUACAUGGUCCUAACUGAUGGAAAUGAUCCAAUUUAAUCAUAUAACUCACUUUUUAGCAGCCAAGCUCCUUAUGAAGGCAACUUGUCUCCUGAGACCUAAUUUGUAUACAGUAACUCAGUCAGUUAUUAAUGUGCAGCCUCUCUUUGAAAGUAAAAUGAGUACAAGCAUGAUCAUUUCUCUUGCAUGUGUUGAAACGGGUGAAGGUAGAUUUGACACACAAAAAUAAUUUAGAUUUUAACACGAGUUCCCCUGUCUCUGCGCUGCAUUUGAUACAUUUGUUAUAGGUCACACGCAUCGAUUAGGAAUACACAUUUAAUUUACUCUCCUCAUGUUCAUGCUUAUUUUCCACAUCGUGUCAUACAGUAUCAUCUUUCUGGUCAUCUGUAUAUGAAAAGACAUCUUUUAAAAAAAAUUGUGUUUAUUUCCCUAAACAAAUAUGUUUUGGACAGUGCUGACUUGGUGGGUUACAGAUGAAAUGAAAAAAGACAAAUUGGAUUUCUUCAUGGUUUAAUUGAAACUUGGGAUCCAUUUGUCACAGGAAAUUAUCCAUUUUUUUAUCCAGUUGAUUAAGCGGAACUAAGCAGUGCGUUGCUUUCUCUCCCCUCUGAUUAUUUCACUAUAAUUUAAAAAAGCAUCGUUCAAAAAAGUUGUCCUACAUCUGAGCUUAAGAGUCAAAUUUAUUCACUUAAUUAUGCAUCCGAUCGAUGAAACUGAAAGACCUGUCUAGAGAAUUAAUCUGUUAUGUUCUGUUGUGCUUUAAGGUGGACAUGUUUCUUUUUUAUAUUACUUGCAGUUAUUAUAGGAGCCUAAAGACACAGCUAAAAUAAGUAUGUUGACUACUAUGACUGAUUGCAGAUAUACAUUUUACUGUAUUUCUUAUGAGUCUUUAAUUAAACAUGGCCUGAUAUUCUCUAA